AUGGGCCUCGAAUAUGCAUUGGUCCAUCUCAAAUAUACCAUUCCACCAGCUAUCGCCUUGACAUUCGUUUGUCGACCUUUACUUCAACGGAUAGAUAUCUAUAAGAUACUGUUUCUUAUAGCUAUCGCGGUCGUCUCCACCAUUCCAUGGGAUUCAUAUCUCAUUCACCGGAAGAUAUGGACAUACCCCUCGAAUGUGAUUGUCGGUCCCAAACUGUUUUUAAUACCUAUCGAAGAGCUAUUUUUCUUCGUGAUACAGACAUACAACACUACUCUUUUCUACUUGCUUUUCAGCAAACCAAUCUUUCAUUCGACCUAUCUUUCGCGAUGGGAAGGUUGUAAUGCGCCGAUUCCUGCCAAAACUGCGCGAAACUUGGGCCAAUUAAUUCUUGGAUUUCUAAUCGCAACAGGAGGACUUCUCAUUUGGCAAAAUGGCAAGGGAACUUAUCUGGGAUUGAUUCUAGCUUGGGCAGGACCAUUUGCGCUCCUGCUAUGGAGUCUAUCGCAUCAAUUUCUGAUUGGACUUCCCUAUACAAGUACUCUACUGCCAAUUGCUCUACCCACGCUGUAUUUAUGGAUAGUUGAUACUUUGGCACUAAAAAGGGGCACGUGGACAAUCGAAACAGGGACGAAAUUGGGUCUACAUUUAUGGGAUGGACUUGAGAUCGAAGAGGCAGUGUUUUUCCUCGCAACUAACAUACUUAUUGUGUUUGGGCUCGUCGCUUUCGAUCACGCAUUGGCGAUUUUGUUAACGUUCCCUACCUUGUUCCCGACUGUUCCCACAUAUCCUUCUCCAAAAAUGCUUGUGCGUGCACUUUUAACAGACACGCUCGAAUACGACAUGCCCCGAGUUGAAGGUAUCCAAAAAGCUGUGGACACAUUGAGUAGAAAGAGUAGGAGUUUCUACCUAGCCAGCUCCGCCUUUCACGGUCGUCUCCGAAUUGACCUGAUUCUCUUAUACUCAUUUUGCAGAGUGGCCGAUGAUCUUGUUGAUGAGGCAAAUUCUGACUCUGAGGCUCGGGAAUGGAUCACUAAACUCACACACUACCUUGACCUAGUGUACGAAUCAAAAGAAAUCACCAAUGCGAGUGCUUCGUGGCGCUCUGAUGUUCACUCAUACAUUGAGAAUAACUUUCCACCAUCUGCAUAUGCGGCUCUCCGUCUUUUGCCAACUCAUAUUCUAUCAUCUGGUCCUUUGUACGAGUUACUAGCAGGAUUCAAGACGGAUUUAGAAUUCUACAAACCAAAUUCUGGCGAAGUGACUGGGGUUUUUCCGAUUAGGACUGAGCAUGAUCUCAGUACGUACAGCACAAGAGUUGCCGGGACAGUAGCCGAGAUGUGCUUGGAACUAGUCUUUCAUCAUACUUCAACCGUUGUUUUAUCUCAUCGACGUGACGAUCUUGUUCAAGCCGGAGCUCGGAUGGGGAUUGCUUUACAGUAUAUCAACAUUUGUAGAGAUGUGGCAGCGGAUGCCGCAAUUGGAAGAGUAUAUCUUCCAACUUCAUGGCUCGAGGAAGAAGAUUUGAAACCUCAACAGGUUGUGGAAAAUCCUACAGGACCAGUUGUCGAUAAGUUACGAGGGAGAUUAUUGGAAAAGGGAUUUGGAAUCUAUCGAGAGGCCCGUCCUGCUAUCGAACAAAUCCCAGGAGAUGCCAGGGUAUCUAUGAGAGUUGUUGUUGAAAGUUAUGUUGAGAUAGGGAGGGUGAUGAAAGAGCGAGAAUAUAAAGUCACACAAGGUCGGGCUACAGUACCGAAAUUGAGGCGCAUUGGAGUGGCUUGGAAGGCUCUGAAUCAAGGUUGA